AUGCUAGGUUUGGGUCAAUCCGCUCAGGCAUAUUCCGCCAAUGACGAUACCGAGAUGCAGCAGACAGAAGAAAAAAUGGCUGGCGUUCCCGGCUGUGGCCAGGCACACGAUCUCGAAUACCCUCAUCACGAUAACCACUCUUCACCCCAUCACCAACACUCCGGUAUCCUGCCAAGUGAAUGUUCUGGUCCCACGUUAAAUACUGGUGCUGGCGCCGUCGGUAUUCCAGGUUGUGGAAGAGUCACCAAUAAGGUAGUUUCUGACCGCGACAAUAACGCAAGGUCCACUUUAGCAAGUUUUGAUACCAGUAACAUGACUGAGGCAAGAAUGAAUAGCAAGAAUCUGCCCGUUGGUUGUCAAAACACAUCUAUGCCGCACUUCGAUGGUUCUAUGGACCAACGUAUUCCAGGUGCAGGUUCGCCUCGAAGUGAGCCUCACCAUAUUGACGCGUGGAGCAAUAUCCCAACCUUCGGUGCCGGCACUAACGACCAGGACAUGAUGCAUCCCCAAGCGGCCCCUCUAGAUAGCUACAAUGAGCACAUGGUGAGAGAUGAAACAAGCGACAAUUCCACUUCUUCGUAUACUGUUCAUACUCGCGGUUCCCCAGCAGACAUUCCAUCUGCUACUCAAAGAACUGAAGGAAGAAAAAACUAUCUGUAUGGAAUGAAUGAUCAACAUUCUGUGCCAAGAAACUACGCUACAGAUAAAGCGGAUCCUUCAUCGGUUGAAACAAGUGCUGAUCCUGAUAUUUCCAACGUCCAAAACGAAAUCUUGCGCAAUUAG